AUGGAGCCAAUCCCAUCUGGCGAUGUUCUGGAUGUCUUUGGGCUUGAAAACGAGCAAGAAAUUGACUUUGAAACCGCUUAUAAGAUGAUUAGCAACUUUGACUAUGAUGUAGCAAGCUUCCAUGACGAUUCGAUAUUUCCAAAGGUAGGCUACACUGAAUCUGAGAGCUUGGAAAACAUUGCGUUGUCAUAUACAGUGGAGAACUCGCAUCUGAGAGAUCAAGGAAAUGGAGAGCGAGAAGUGGAUGUAAACUGGAAAGGAAAUGGUGAUAAGGAAACUAUGAGAGGACAUACAGGAGUUAUGAAAGGACAUACGGGUGAUGAGCAAACGCUGGCGAAAGCUGAUUUACUGAGUAGGUACGAAUCUAGUGCAAUUGAGCAUUUUUUGGAUAGUCUGAUAUUCCAGGACAACGAUAUAGGUGGUUCGAACAUUCCAGAACAGCAAAAUAAAACGAUCAGUAUGGCGGAGCUAAAAGUGACGAAUAAGGCAGCGAAAGCAUCAAAGAGUUUUUCAGCUGAUCCUUCGUCGCUCGAUGUCUACGUACCGCCCGCGGUGACUAUUCCUCAAAUAUCUAUCAAAGAUGAAGAUAUUCCUGCGGAUGUAAUACAAGAUCCUGUCCGGUUGCGUAAGUGGAAGCAUGUGGAGAGCGAAAGGCUGAGAAGAAAUAGCACCAAGAGAAUUUUUGACGAUUUGAUAGCCAUGACAAGGUAUCCUCGGAUUGGAGAAACUAAGAUAAGUAAACCCCAAACCGACAAGCGUGUACCGAAGUACACUUUGCUGGGCUUCAUUCUUGAGGACUUCAAGAUGUUAUUGCGCGCCAAUGAGGAGUUGGAAGAGCUGCUUCGAAAAGGCGAUAUCAAAGGUGACAGAAGCGUGGAAAGUGGUAUAUCCGCCCUCUAG